AUGAAGUUGAACACAGUUUGGUCUGUUACUCUUGCUGUACUUCUCAAUCUAACAGUAACUCAAAGUGAUGUUUCACACAAAAAUGUUUUGAGCGUUUUUUGUAGCUUUUCAAUUUUCACAUUUUCUCCUCUCUCAUCAGUGUGUGGCCAAGCACCCCUUAACACAAAAUUUAUUGGAGGGAAAGAUGCGAAUGCAGGGUCUUGGCCCUGGCAAGUAAGCAUUAACGAAAUCAGCUAUCAAAACCAUUUCUGUGGUGGGAGUCUCAUCAAUAAAGACUGGGUUUUGUCUGCAGCUCAUUGUUUCCAAAGGUAUGAAAUAGUCCAAGCUUUAUUGGGACGUCAGAACCAGCAAGGCCCAAACCCGCAUGAGAUAAACAGAACAGUGAUUCAACUCAUCAUUCAUCCUAACUAUGACCCAGAUACUAAAGAAAACGACAUAGCACUGCUUCAGCUCUCAUCUUCUGUGAAUUUCACCGAUUAUAUUCAACCAGUCUGUCUGGCUGCUACUGGUAGUGUAUUCAAUGAAGGACUUUCAAGUUGGGUGACAGGAUGGGGGGCCUCUCUAGGUAAGUGAACCUGUUUCAAGUGAUACUACAUAUCCAAGGUAAAGCUUUCACAACAAUUAAAAAAUGUAAUGUUGAUUACAUUUCUUGAUAUGUUACAGAAAAAAUAUUUCCUGAUACGUUUCAGCAAGCGGAGAUUCCAAUUGUGAGCAACAAUGACUGCAAUAUUGGUUAUAAUGGUAUUAUGACAGAUAACAUGCUUUGUGCUGGACUGUUGAAUGAUGAUGGAGAAACCCCAUGUCAGUAUGAUGCUGGAGGGCCACUGGUCAGUAAGCAGGGCUCCAGAUGGAUUCAGUCUGGAAUUGUGAGUUUUAAUCAAGGCUGUUUGGAUCUCACAUUCCCGAGUGUGUUCACCAGAGUCUCUCAGUAUCAGGACUGGAUCAACAUUUACACACUCAACAACCAGCCUGGAUUUGUUACAUUCCCUGAUGAUUACGAUUAUGCUCUAGAUCGCAUUUCUAAUAUAACUAGUAUUUUCAGUGGAAGCUCAACCAGCCUUUACUUACCACUUACCCACACAUGCUCUAUUGCCAGUCUCAUCUUUUGUUUCCUUAUUCAAAGGUUGUCUGAGUCAUCAUGAUCGUUGGUCAUGGUUAUUUGAAGAACAUAAAGCACAGAUAAAUAGGUGAUGCCAGUAGUUUUUCGUGUAUUUGUCCUUUCUUUGUAUUUGUUUCUUUCUGUUUCCCCAUAUUCGUCCUUUAAAAAAAACUUUACUCAAAAAGAAACUUAAAGUUUCGGGCUAACCAUAUAUUCAAUUUCAGAUUUAAACUUUGUGGUUAUUAAGCAAAUAACCUCACAUAGAGUUGGUAAUAUAGAGUGGAGACUUUACAGAGGGAUGGAUCUUUAAUCUUAGAUAGUUAUAUCCUCUAGGUA